GCAGCUGUCGACGAUGUGAGCCACCAGCCAGACCCCACACUCCUCCCCGGGACGAUGCCCACCGCGCACCCGCCUCGCCCCAUCCCGCCGCGGGGCCGCCGGAGCUGCAGGCACAGAGGGCGAGCGAGGGAUGCCCUGGGGCAGAGCGGCGCUGCUGGGACAUGUGUGGAUGGCGUCCCACCCCUGGCCCCCCAAGAGGAGCAGCGAGCCUGGUGGUCCGGAGCAUGGAGAGGCAGGUGCAGGCCCGGGGCGGACCCCAAAGCUGAACAAACUUGUUCGCCUUGGAGCUACAAAUAUUGGUGAUUUGAGAUUUGAGCUCAUCCCCCGCUGUUCCUGCGCAAGCAAGGAUCGGAAAAAUGAAUAUCCAGGGGAAAGGCUUCCCCUUGGACCUCGGAGGAAGCUUCACUGAAGAUGCUCCGAGGCCACCGGUUCCUGGUGAGGAGGGGGAACUCGUGUCCACGGAUCCGAGGCCAGUUAGCCAUGGUUUCUACUCUGGUAAAAGCGAUAUGGUUAGAAAUGAGACGUCCACGGCAACACCGAGGCGCUCUGAUUUGGAUUUGGGGUACGAGCCCGAGGGGAGUGCUUCACCUACUCCACCCUACCUGAAGUGGGCUGAGUCGCUGCACUCCUUGCUGGAUGAUCAAGACGGUAUCAACCUCUUCAGGACUUUCCUGAAACAGGAGGACUGCGCGGAUCUGCUGGACUUCUGGUUUGCCUGCAGCGGCUUCAGGAAGCUGGAGCCAUGUGCGUCUAAUGAGGAGAAAAGACUCAAGCUGGCAAAAGCUAUUUACAAAAAAUACAUCCUUGACAACAAUGGCAUUGUGUCCCGGCAGAUUAAACCAGCCACAAAAAGCUUCAUCAAAGACUGCGUCAUGAAACUGCAGAUUGACCCGGACAUGUUUGACCAGGCCCAAACGGAGAUUCAGUGCAUGAUAGAAGACAAUACCUACCCUUUGUUCCUCAAGUCGGAUAUUUAUUUGGAAUACACGAGGACAGGUGGGGAAAGUCCAAAAAUUUACAGCGAUCCGAGCUCAGGGUCUGGGACAGGUAAAGGGCUACCCGGUUAUCUGCCGACUCUGAACGAGGACGAGGAGUGGAAGUGUGACCAAGAGGCCGAGCCCGAGGCCAGCAGGGACUCGGCACCUUCCAGCAGGCUCACGCAGAAGCUGCUUCUGGAGACGGCCACCCAGCGCGCUGCCUCGGCCCGGCGCUACAGCGAGGGGAGGGAGUUCAGGCAUGGGUCGUGGAGAGAGCCUGUUAACCCUUACUAUGUCAACACGGGCUACGCUUUGGCACCAGCAACCAGUGCCAAUGACAGCGAGCAGCAGAGCAUGUCCAGUGAUGCUGAUACGAUGUCGCUGACAGACAGCAGCGUAGAUGGGAUCCCACCGUACAGACUCCGCAAGCAGCAUCGCAGAGAGAUGCAAGAAAGUGCCAAAGCAAAUGGACGUGUGCCACUACCUCACAUUCCUCGUACAUACCGAAUGCCAAAGGAUAUCCAUGUUGAACCAGAGAAGUUUGCUGCAGAACUGAUCAAUCGUUUGGAGGAAGUACAAAAGGAACGUGAAGCAGAGGAGAAAUUAGAGGAGCGCCUGAAACGCGUUCGAGCGGAAGAAGAAGGUGAGGAUGCAGAUAUCUCUUCUGGUCCCUCAGUCAUUAGCCACAAGAUGCCUUCCGCCCAAGCCUUUCAUCACUUUGCUCCUCGUUACUCUGAGAUGGGCUGUGCUGGGAUGCAGAUGAGAGAUGCCCAUGAAGAAAACCCAGAAAGCAUCCUCGAUGAACAUGUACAACGUGUGAUGAAAACACCGGGCUGCCAGUCUCCAGGACCCGGCCGCCACUCUCCUAAGCCACGGUCCCCGGAAAGCGGCCACUUAGGAAAGCUGUCAGGGACACUAGGAACAAUUCCUCCAGGGCAUGGCAAGCACGCAACAAAAUCAGGAAUGAAACUGGAUGCAGCUAACUUAUACCACCAUAAACACAUCUACCACCACAUCCAUCACCACAGUGUGAUGAAACCAAAAGAGCAGAUCGAGGCCGAGGCCACGCAGCGAGUGCAGAACAGCUUUGCUUGGAAUGUAGAUUCACAUAACUAUGCAACAAAGUCACGAAACUACACUGAAAACUUGGGCAUGGCCCCUGUCCCCAUGGACUCUUUAGGCUACAGUGGGAAGGCAAGUCUGCUCUCAAAAAGAAAUGUUAAGAAGACCGAUUCAGGGAAAAGUGAUGGUGCCAACUAUGAGAUGCCAGGAUCUCCUGAAGACGUGGAGAGAAACCAGAAGAUCCUUCAGUGGAUCAUAGAAGGAGAGAAGGAGAUCAGCAGGCAUAAGAAAACAAACCAUGGCUCUUCAGGUGCUAAGAAGCAGCUGUCCCAUGAUAUGGUCCGACCCCUCUCCAUCGAGCGACCUGUUGCGGUGCAUCCGUGGGUCAGUGCACAGCUCCGAAACGUCGUCCAGCCUUCUCACCCCUUCAUCCAAGAUCCUACCAUGCCGCCCAAUCCAGCCCCCAACCCUCUCACCCAGCUGGAAGAAGCUCGCAGGAGGUUGGAAGAGGAGGAAAAAAGGGCUGGAAAACUCCCCCUUAAACAAAGCAGGUUGAAGCCCCAGAAGAGACCAGGCAGCGGCGCGUCCCAGCUGUGUGAGAACAUCGUGGUCGCUUACUACUUCUGCGGAGAGCCGAUCCCUUACCGCACCCUCGUCAAAGGGCGCGUGGUAACGCUGGGACAGUUCAAGGAGCUGCUGACCAAGAAAGGGAACUACAGGUAUUACUUUAAGAAAGUGAGUGACGAGUUCGACUGUGGUGUGGUCUUCGAGGAGGUGCGGGAGGAUGACACCAUCCUGCCCAUUUUCGAAGAGAAGAUUGUCGGGAAGGUGGAGAAGAUCGACUAAGCUCCAGGGCUGCCGAGGCGUGAGGACAGGACUGUGAAAGACUCUGGGACCGGAGGACAGGGCCUGGGGCGGGUGCCGGCGGUGCCACUGCCGCGGGCGCCGGGCGAGCCCAGGGCGGAGGGCGGCAGCCGGCUCCGGCACGGACCCGGGCAAGCUCCGGGUUGCUGGUGGACGUCGUUUCACCUCACGGACCUGCCAGUGGGAGCCUGGGCUCCCUCUCCAUACCGAAUAUAAGUGUAAUGUAGCAUUGUACAGUGCAUUAGAAAGUGUAAUAUGACCUUGUUUACUAAAGCUGCAUAUUUUUGAUAUAUUGUAAUAAAAGGAAACUAUUUCCAAUGUCACAGUGCUCUUAUGUAAAUGUAAAACGUACAGGUACUGCAGAACUCGCCCAAAGUGUACAGCCAUCCGUCUGCUCCUCGCUUUCCCAGCGCCCUGCCCUGGCCCCCCCUGGCGUGGACGGCUUCGGAGCGCUGCCGGGGCUCCCCCCGCUCCGGAGGGGCUGUGGUCCCAGCUCACCGCGGAGGAUUAUUGAGCCGUUUGGAACGAGUCGGUCUCUCACCUCCCUGGCAGUCUCAGCUGCUGGACAUGGUAGGACGGUUGUUUGUUUUUCCCUCCCGAGCUUUCUUGCGACCAAGUAAAUCCCCAAGGGAUAGAAGGGUCGGGGCCAGCUCUUGGGGCUUCGCGCCGGUGCAAGGACCGGCUCGGAGCCGGGGUGGCAGGCUGGGUGCUGGCAUCCCAUGGCCCGUGCGCUCGUGUCCCCCCGUGUGCCCCUGGAGAAGGAUUUCCUUCCCAGGAGGGUGUGCCCAGUGCUGAGCUCUGGCUUUGGUCAGAGGACUCUUUAGGAGAAACGUAAUAGGGGAGGGAACUGAUUAGACACUAAAGCUGAGGGGAAAAGAAUGACUUUUUAUGAGUCUUGUGUCUUUUGUCAGCUUCUCUGUCUCAAGGGAGGCAGCACCCCCCUCAGAGCAAAGGGGGGUUCUUGAUGCCAGUUUGUGGGGCUGGUGUAGGGCCAGGUCACCCAGCAGGGCAGCCGGCACCCUGGGAAGCCUCCUGGGCUUACUCGGACGCAAGAAAGCUGGGAGCUGCACCGGUGCUCCCACCACCCUGCCCUCGGCCCUGCCCGUCCCCCAGCCCAGGCCCUGCGCCGGCUCCUUCGCAGACCAGCCCUCGCCCGCACGCAGAACCCGGGGUGGUCCCCGAAGCCAGGGAGCUUCCACGUCGGCGCUCGCCCUGCCCGGCGCUGCUCUCAGCCGCGGUGGAGCUGCCGGGGACCCUGUGGCACCGCGCCGGGAUGCGACUCAGCCUGUUGUAUAUGUCACCGAGUGCCUUUAAAACACGGUUCUGUGACUUGCCUAUACACUACGUGAAGUCCAGCAAAAUCUGCAAUUAUUUUCAGCCCGGGAGCAGCAUCAUGAGCGUUUUUUCUCCCUGUUUUUUUUAAGUUCUAAUGGUGGUGUGUCUGGUGAGCUUGUUAACAUGCCCGGGAUUUCCGUCUCCCCCUUUUUUUCUCAGGGGGUCCCCUGUAAAUAUGUACAGUGGCCGCGCAGCCCCGGCGAUGUCUCCUCUGCAUUCUCAUGUGCUGACUUGUACAAUGAUCUUUUCAAAGGUACUUGGAUAAAAUGAAAUAAAACCCCA